CAGAGCAUCCACAGCUCCAAAGGGAAUGGGAAGCUGGGAGCGCUUCCUGGCUUUCUUGGUACUGUGACAGCAGUGACAUUGCUAUGGUGUUUGGCAUAUACCUCCAGCCCUCUGAGAGGACAGACGUGGUCCUCACAGCCAUUGACGCCAUGAGAGACUCCAGCAUCUGUGACAAGCAGGUGGCCUGCAGCUUGCUCUACAUGGCCAUGAGAGACCCUGCCUCCUGGCUGAUGGAUACACAAAAGAUCUUGGAGUGCGUCCACAGAAACAUGGAGUUCAUCUGCACGGUGACAGCCCGGCACAGCCUGGAAUCACUCCUUUUCCUGCUGAUCAAAUGGUGCCCCAAGGAUACGGUCAUGAGCCUGUUGAAGAUCACUCCAUCAUGCGACAGCACUGCCCUGGCCAUGUGGGAGGUGAUGCUCUCCCUGCCCAGCACUUGGGAGACGAUCUGCAAUGAGCUGCUCAGUGUGAUCCAGGACCAGCUACCGCAAGGGCGGUUCAACUUCACAGAGGACACGCACGGCCUUCCCUCAGCUGCAACCAAGGUCCUGUGCAAGCUCACCCAGCAGCCCAUCUGCCAGGGGAAACUAAAAGCACUCUUCACCAAGGUCUUCAUGGGCCUGGUCUUCCAGAUCUCAUACACUGCAGAGUUCCUACAACACACCAUGGAGAUUUUCUGGACAUAUAGCGAAUGGCAUCAGGCCAAUCAACGCAGCCCUUUCAGGUUUGCAGUGGAGGCCAUUAAAGCUCUGCUCUGUGCUGCUGGCUAUGAAGAGCAUGUCCUGAGCAUCCAGAAGGAGGGCGGUUGGGACAUGCUUCUCGGAACUGAGACCCACCACAGAGGAAUCAGCUUGCUGGCCAGAGAGAUGAGUAAGAGCCCAGUUGAUCAGCGAUCCUCCAUGUUCCAGCACCUGCAAGGGAUUCUUUGCUGUAGGAAGGAAUUCCAGAUAACUUUUGCCAUGACUUUCUACGUUGAGCUGCUGGCCUGCGAUGACCUUGAAAAGGAUUUGGGAGACCUGGUCCUCCUCCAGUCGUAUAUGACGUAUCCAUGCCACAUAACGCAAGCGCUGGUAUUCAGAGGCAUCGUCACGCUGUCGGAAAAACCUGAGAUGGCAAGAGAAAUGCAUAUCCUGCUGAGCGACAUCCUGAGGACUCUGAACAGUUGUGACACAGAAGUCAAGACGAAGGCCUUGCUUGUCUUCAGAAACCUGCUGGGACACAUGAAGAGGAAGGAGGCCAGCCACAUCACUCUGCAGCUGGCAGGGAAGCUCCUGCCACUCAUCGACGACGAGUCCAGCCAGCUGCGAGAGCUCUCCAUCUGCCUCUUCAGAGACAUGAUGGAGACUGUGGUGGGGAGAGACAAGAGACGGAUGAAGAAGAAAAUCCGGAGGGUCCUGGUCCCGCUCUUCUUCCAUAUGAGUGACCAGACCGAGAGUGUGGCCAAGGCCUCUGGGGAAGCCCUCCUCACUUGUGCAGACCUCCUGAAGAGGAAGAAGCUCAAGCAACUGGCCCAGACAAAGCAGACGUGGAGGAUUGGAGAGACCUUGCUGGUGCAGGACAGGAGGAGGAUGGAAGAAUACCUGCAUCACAGCCUGCCAUACCUGAAGGACGCUCAGGCCACCUUGAGAGUGGAGGCCAUCAGGUUCAUCGCCCUCCAGCCCUUGGUGAAUGACGCAGAGCCCUCCGUUCGUUCCCUGGCAACUCAGACCUUGCUGAUUCUGGCACCUCUGCAGCCAACAUCAGGAUGGUCCCUACGAAGACUGUGCUGUGGGCUCUGCAGAGACAGGGAGAGGUGAAGGUCUCUCCUGGGGAAAAUGGCUGCAUGGGAAUAAAGCUGAAACAACCAGCCCAGUCCCAUGGUGUCCUUCACACAGGACAUGAGCAUGCUGAGCAGACAGCAUCAUUCCUGGCCUCUACUGCUGCCCACAGGACAGCUCAUCUCUCGGCACACCCUGGCCCCAGUCUUGUUUUACAACAAUUUUA